GACCAUUGUUCUUAGCAAUUGAUCAAAUCAAAGCAAACAAGGGAGCCAUCAGAGAGAAAUCCUUGAGAACAAGAUAUGGGUUUGAAGGAGGAUUUUGAAGAGCAUGCUGAGAAAGCCAAAACUCUGCCUGAGAAUACCACUAAUGAGAACAAGCUGAUCCUUUAUGGACUGUAUAAACAAGCCACUGUUGGUUCUGUGAAUACCAGUCGCCCUGGUUUAUUUAGUCCAAAGGAGAGAGCCAAAUGGGAUGCCUGGAAAGCUGUUGAAGGCAAAUCACAGGAGGAAGCAAUGAAUGACUACAUCACCAAGGUUAAGCAGCUUCAUGAAGAGGCUGCUACUGCUGCUGCCUAAACCUUGCCAUUAGAUAUUGUUCAUCUCCUUCAAUUCUAUCAUAUUUCCCUUCUACUUUUAAGUUCCAAUGUUAUAUCUAUCUACUUUUAUGACUUGUGACUUCCUUUCUAUCAUUGGAUUAUUAUCUAUUAAGUGACAACAACAUUGGACUCUAAACAAAGAUGAACAUUGCUUACUGUGCA